UUUUUUUAAUAAUAUAGUGUGUGGAAUAUAGAUGUUUACUGUAGCAAUUUGUAGGUGGAUAUUAGAAGUGAGGAGUUAGUGGGAAGAAGGGUAAAACGGUACUGUUUUGCAUGGGGGUGCAGGUAGGAGACCCUACACUAGGGUCUAGUGCUCACUGCAGUAGAAGACUAGAAGAGACAGAAGAAACAAAAAAAAAUAAAAUAAAAAUGAAGUUGAUGAAACUGAUCGUUGAUGAGUAUGAUGACUCACCACUUAGUUAAAAAUCUGAAAAUGCCAACACUUCAUCAUCAUCCAACUUUCAAUCAAACCAACAAAAAUUAUGUAAGUAAUUAUCCACUUUAAAUUCAAACUAAUUUAACCCCCUCCAAAAAUCAAAUCAAAUCAAAUUCAAAACUCCAUUACAAUUCCAACAUUUUUACGCAAGCUUAAACAAUAAUGGCAGCUCUCACUUUCAUCCUCCGCCGUGAACUCCACCACCAAAACCGCCAUAUCUUCGCGCCAUUCUCUCUCUUCCGGCAGUUUUCGUCGUCGGAAAACUCCGGCGCCGGGAAGAAUCCGAUGAUCGAGAAGAUUUUGGUGGCAAAUAGGGGAGAAAUCGCUUGUAGAAUAAUGCGAACUGCGAAGAAAUUAGGGGUUCGGACAGUUGCAGUUUAUAGUGAUGCUGAUCGAAAUAGUCGGCAUGUUAAAUUUGCUGAUGAAGCUGUUCGUAUUGGUCUUCCGCCUGCAAAAUUGAGUUAUUUGCAGUUUAAUUCGAUUAUUGAUGCUGCUAGGUUGACUGGUGCUCAGGCGAUCCACCCUGGUUAUGGAUUUUUGUCUGAAAAUGCCGAGUUUGCUCAGAAGUGCGAAGACGAGGGCCUUUCAUUUAUAGGACCCCCUGCUUCUGCAAUACGAGAUAUGGGCGACAAAAGUGCUUCAAAGAGGAUAAUGGGUGGAGCAGGUGUUCCUCUGGUGCCUGGAUAUCAUGGUAAUGAUCAAGAUAUUGACCUAAUGAAAUCAGAAGCUGAAAAAAUUGGCUAUCCUAUUCUAAUUAAGCCAACACAUGGAGGUGGAGGAAAGGGCAUGAGGAUUGUGCAAAACCCAAAUGAAUUUGUUGAAGCAUUCUUAGGUGCAAGAAGGGAGGCAGCUGCUUCUUUUGGAGUGGACACAAUCUUGCUUGAGAAAUACAUCACCAGGCCUAGGCAUAUAGAAGUGCAGAUUUUUGGAGACAAACAAGGCAAUGUUAUAUUUCUAUACGAGAGGGAUUGUAGUGUACAGAGAAGACACCAGAAAAUAAUUGAAGAAGCCCCAGCUCCCAACGUUAGUAAUGAAUUUCGCUCUCAAGUGGGUCAAGCUGCUGUUUCUGCAGCCAAGGCAGUUGGCUAUUACAAUGCUGGAACUGUUGAAUUCAUUGUGGAUACUGUCUCAGGUCAAUUUUACUUCAUGGAGAUGAACACACGGUUGCAGGUUGAGCACCCUGUGACAGAGAUGGUUGUUGUCCAAGAUCUCGUAGAAUGGCAGAUUCGGGUUGCUAAUGGCGAGUCUCUUCCUGUUACGCAGUCAGAGGUGCCAUUAUUAGGUCAUGCAUUUGAAGCCCGUAUAUAUGCCGAAAAUGUUCCAAAAGGGUUCCUCCCUGCUACUGGGGUUCUUCAAUACUAUCGACCUGUUCCAGAAUCAGAAACAGUUCGUGUUGAGACAGGAGUUGAACAAGGAGACGCUGUUAGUGUGCAUUACGAUCCCAUGAUUGCAAAGCUUGUUGUUUGGGGAGAAAACCGUGCUAAUGCAUUAGUUAAGCUGAAGGAUUGCCUAUCAAAAUUUCAGGUUGCUGGUUUGCCAACUAACAUAAAUUUUCUUCUUAAAUUGGCCAACCACCGGGCUUUUGAGGAUGGGCAAGUUGAAACUCAUUUUAUCGAGCACCACAGUGAUGAACUAUUUGCUGAUUCAAGUAAUAUGGAGCUGGCAGAGGAAGCAUGCAAAUCUGCUACACAUAGUGCAAUGCUUGCUGCUGCAUGUCUUUGUAAAACGGAAAUUAACACGGGAAAGGGAAAUUGUCUGGGGGAAAGAAGCCCUCUUUCAAUCUGGUAUUCUGACCCUCCAUUUAGGGUCAACUAUUGUGCCAGGCGUGAUAUAGAAUUUGAAUGGGAAAAUGACUAUGGUACUAUUGGUUCAGUGCCCUUGAAAUUGGCUCUUACAUAUCAGCAAGAUGGGAGCUAUCUUGUUGAGGCUGGAGAUUGUGGUUCCCCUGGUAUCGAAGUUAAGGUUGUGCAGCUAGGUGAUCAAGAUUUUAGGGUUGAAGCACAAGGAUUAAGUGUGCUCUUAACUUUAGCUGUCUAUACAAAGGAUAAUAUCAAGCACAUAUACAUUUGGAAUGGCCUACAAUAUCACCACUUUCAGCAAAAAAUUGGUCUGGAAUUGUCUGGAGAGGAUGAAACUGAACAAAGGCCUGCAAGAGGAGCCGAGAUGGCAUCUCAUUCCCCAGGUUCUGUAUCCGCGCCAAUGGCUGGUUUGGUGGUCAAGGUUCUCGCAAAGAAUGAAGAGAAAGUAGAGGCAGGGCAACCAGUAUUAGUUAUGGAAGCUAUGAAAAUGGAGCAUGUUGUAAAGGCUCCUUCCUCUGGUUUUAUUCACGGGCUUCAAGUAGCUCCUGGGCAGCAAGUUUCAGAUGGUAGCAUUCUCUUCAUUGUGAAGGAAAAAUAAGAGGAAAAAUAAGAAGGUUUUGAGCAGCGCAAUUCUUUCGCCAGGGAACAGUGUAGAUCUAAUAUGUAAAUGAUCUCUUAUUCAUAUGUAAGCUCUGUUAAAAGAAUACCACAAAGGCAGAAACCUAGCUAGUCUUCUUCACGAUGUAACAAAAUUAGGCUGCAGUGCUGUACAGACUACACAAAUAAACCGGAAAUUCCUACUUGUACAUUACAUCUAUUUGCCUGAUCUUGGACGCUCAGGCAGCAAUUCCUUCUGAAGUUUGCAAUGAAUUUCCAUUUACUUACAGAUC